AUGGUCGACACUGUUUACAAAGGGAAGGCCAUUAAACCCGGUACACGAAAAGUGAGCUGCAAUUGCCCAAAGAUCGAACGAGAAUACGAUGGCUUCCAGUCUCCCCAAAUGAAGGCGUUGCCGUCUAUACUCGGCCCAGCACUCAACCAAGAAUUCUUCCGUAUCUUUUUUCGCAAGAAGACUGUUCGUUUCCGCUGCUGCUGCGAGCUGUUGCAUCACCUCGACAAUAACCCGCUGCUCGUACAUAAUGUUCGCGACAUCAAAGUUCACUGGUGUGGACCAACGUCAGCGACGGCCUUCAAAAAGCUGGUCGAAUGCGACAGGCUCGAGUCCCUGACAAUCAGCAUUUCCAAAUCUACUCUGGCGUACCUCAGCCCAAGAACAGACUUGAUGAAGACGUUCUUCCCCCUCACAUACCGCCAUGUCAGAAUAACGGACAUCCUUGGAUUGGAUGAGCUGUUGGCCGUACGAGGUCUCAAAGAGGUGGCGGUUAUCCACGCUCAGUCCAAGAGCACGAACCUAACCGUGGAAACGGACAGAGCCAAUCUUUCAGAGCUACUGACUCAUCAACUCAAAAAAGACAAGGGUUACGAUCCUCUCGACGAUUUCUAG